AUGAGUUCACAAGCACAGAAUGCACAGCCCGGACAGGAUAAUGACAACCUAGGAAGGGGACAGAGGACGAAGAAGCCAACAGCUAAGGGCCAGGAAUAUAGAAAUACACUAUUCAAGGGAAGUAUUGCUCAAGGUAUUGCACAAGGUGCUGCUCCGUCUCAAACCCCAGCCCAAGGCACUACUCUGGGCGUUGACCCAGGCACUGCUCAGAGCGUUGUUCCAAGCACUACUCAGGGCGUUGUUCCAGGCACUACUCAGGCUCAAUCCCAGGAUGUGGCGCAAACAGACCGUCGUAUCACCAGAUCUCAAACAAGAAGCCAAGCUAUAUUGAGCGCUCAGGGCAAUGCGCCCUCCGACGGCACUCAAGACCAAGCAGCCCCCCCUGCCCAGCGCUCGGCUGGAGGAUCAACGAGGAACCGACCCAGGCGAGCUACGAUAUCACAGGUCAAGAUUGACGGUUUAAUGACGAGGAUCUACGAAGAAAUUCGCUGUGCAGCUAUUACUAAACAGUCUUCUCGCACAAAUGAGAUCUAUGCUGUAAGAGAGUUCCUCUUCCGAGCUCGAUUGCGUCGCUUCUUCGAUCUUCAGCCAGAGGACAACCGAGAAAAUCUACAACAAUGUCUCGAAGAAUACGAUGUGCACCACCCCCGCGGAGGCUCAGUCGCAAGGGAUGUGAAAAGGGCACUUGACUUUCCGGAACCGGACAGACUGACAGAAUUCUGCGACGGUCCCAAGCUUCUUCUUUUGACAUUUUGCGCACAUUCUGCGAGCUUUCGAGACGUCAUCCAGCGUAGCGACGCCGAAAGCAGACGCGAGGGAGUGCCCAGAUGGAGCGACAUCUACCCGGUGAUCAAGUCGUGCAAGUCAAGCCUGGAGCUGUUCGCGCGUUGCUUCGAUUUCAACUGGGUAGGCAAUCUGCGGGCAUUUGAAAAGCAUUUCGAUACACUUCUGAGGUAUGUAUAUAGCGAUGAGCAUGGAGGCCUCGAAGGCAUCAACCAGUCAAACUUUGGAAUUGACGAUGGCGAUCUCGCCGAGAUUCACCGAAUUCCAGAUGAGGAGGAAAGCUACGUCCAUCACCAUUGGGCACUGCCCGCCGAAGACGACAGCCUGCUGUCCGGCCCACAAUCAACUACACCGUCACGCGUCUCAUGGAGAGUCCUCCCCAAGAAAGCGAAGUUACCCGUCAAACUCCCACUCGGCUCCAGCCAAACGCUGAAACAACUGGACAUUGUCAGGUCUGUCAUCCUCGAUCCGGAUAACAAUCUUUGGCCGGCAGGGUCGCUUUCCAACGUACUUGGAAGGCCAGACUUCUGCGGCGGCGCCGGCCACGAAUGCAUCGCUUGCGGUGUGGCGGCCCCUGAGGCAGUCGACCCGUCCAACGCGGAUAACGACACGGUAGUCGUUGACAGCAAUGGCAACGCGGAGCCGUCUUUGACGCCCGGAGAACUCUCGCCUGAGCCCGAGCUCGCGUCGUCUCCAGAAUAUCCUUGCCACUGUACGCUGAACGAGCUGAUGGAGCUGAAAAACGACAAAAAGGCCGGCCUCACGCGCCGGGACUCCCUCCUCGUCGAGCUCUUCACAACGCCCAACAAAGGUCGGGGCGUCCGCACUCUUCAACGCAUACCCAGAGAUAACUUCAUCGGCGAGUACGUCGGCGAGAUAUACCCGGAGCGAGACGCCAACACUGGAGAGGGCAUCACCCGCUACGGGCCUCCUGAAGGCAACGUCUACCACUUCAGCGUGCCUGUUGGGCCGCCGCUUCCGCCGCGCACGCCUGACCAGCGGCCCCGCUUCACGGUCGACUCGGCGCACCUGGGCAACUGGACGAGGUUUAUGAACCACUGCUGCUAUCCGAACGCUCGCUUCGACACCGUCAAUGUGGGCCAGGUGUGGACCACCAUCGUGCGCACGGUCCGGGAGAUCAAGUUCGGCGAGGAGAUCACGGUGCACUACGGACCCGAUUACUUUUACUAUCGAGGCUUGGAUUGUCGGUGUGGGCACGCCCGGUGCAAGUUGAGGAAUGUGAGUGAGCAAGUAAAACGUCAGAAGCGGCCGCGGGAUGGGAAUGCGGAGUCCGGGAGCGAUGGUGGUAGUACUAGCGAAGAGCAGCGGAACGGGACGACAAAGUUCCCCAAGAGGGGGACAAUUAACAAGGCGGUGAGAGAGGGGCGGGACGAUGAGGACGUGAGACCCAAGGGUACGGGUAGGAGCAAGGGCAAGGGCAAGGGCAGCGGUGGUGGUAAUGGCAAGGGGAAGGGUAAGGGCAAGGGUAAGGGCAAAUGUAAGGGCAAAGGUAAGACUGCCAAGAAAAGGGGAACGAGGCGUUGA